CGCUCCUCGUAGUCGUAAAGAACGGGACCCAGGCGGACGGUGAAAUUGCUGAUAACAUGGUAAAGCAGGUAAUGCAUGAAUACUCAGAGGACCUAAAGAAGUGGGUCGGUGAGAACCCGACCCCUCUCCUGGAGUAUCUGAUCAACAACCGCACAAUCACAUGGGAAGUUUACAGCACGGCCAAAAGCAAGGGUGGACAGGACUGCGUGGAGUUUCUACUUCACCACUUCCUCAACCGGGGAGGGAAAGAGUACUUCAGGCUCUGGAACGCUCUCUACGCCGUUAGAAGAAACUACCUGCAGCUGUGGAAGAUGUUCAAGGAAAAGGGGGAAGCAGUGUUGGCUGUUACAAAAGCCAAGCCACAGCUGAAGGCUUGGAUCGGCGUGAACCCACGACACCUUCUGCUGCAGCUCAUCAACCAGUCUCUGAUUCCAGGCGACAUCAUAACCAAAGCAAAAUCGGCAAACAGCGACGAGGACUGUGCCGAGAUCUUGCUCGACUUCUUCAUCAAACGCGGCAACGACGACUGCGAUAAGCUGCUGUUUGCAUUGCACAUCGUGAAGAACAAGUACCCCGACGUCAAGAAGUGGCUGAGCUCCCUCGGGUUCCUCAAGAAGCUCUUGACCAAGGCCCCUUUGUUUUUGGAUCAGUACAAGGACAAAGGGUUAUACAGACAUAUUCGCUUCAACAAGGAACACAUAUCCAAAGCUAUAAAGGAUGACCUGGAACCCCUGCUCACCUGCCUGGAAAAAAUAAACUACUUCAGCACAACCAUCGCACAGGACCUGAGAGAAAUGGAGAACAAACACGGACGGGACGUGGCGGCAAGGCACGUGAUAGAGCUCACGUUGGGAAAGAGCCGGGCGAAUCCCAGGCAAUUCUUAGAGGUCCUUUGGGGACUUCGAGAUCAACACCCAAAGUUUAACUCCAUCUUUCGUAACAUGUGAGCUUUAUUAAGCCAAAUUCACUCUUUUUAAAAAUCUAAUUUUGUUUUACCUUUUGCCACUUGUUAAGUGAUUUCCUUUAGCAUAUACGCGUUAAGAUGGCCCUUUAGCACACAUGCUAAGACGCAUCCAGGAAGUGCAAAUGAGAGUCCCACAUCGUCAAUUCCCUCCUCUGUCCCUUCCCACCCCUGCCCGCUCCUCUCGCCCCUUGCUUGGCCACGUCAUUUAACAAUUUAGGCUUCAUUUUUUUAAAGACAUCGCCUGCAUUAAGAACUCCUCCCAGCUCUUCUCUGCUUAAGUGACCCUCAAUUUCAGAAUCCUUUGUAAUCAAUUUCAGAAUAUUUAUUCAUACUGGAGGAGGAACCCCAUGAGCCAUCAAGCUCUUUACCACAGAUGUCCAGUAGGGACACGGGAUAAGAACGUUACAACAACAAACAGUACAAAAACAUUAUCGUAGUGCAAAGUACGAGAAAGGUUCAACAAAUCACUGAAACACGUACAAAUAACUAAGACUAAAGCAUCCCCAUCCUACCAAGCAAAGCCCACUGAGGUAUUAACUUAUUUUUCAGAAGCGUCCUGGCUAUCACAAAUGAUAGCUCAACAAAGUAGCCCCAUCAUUUGGACAUUUCUAGCCGCGAAAUAAUCUCAAUGCGUGUUUCUAAAUGUGGACGGGAAAACCGAAGGACCACGAGAAAUACAAAAGGCCAAAUGUGAUUACUUAAAUAAAAUUAAUAUAUAUCUUCAAAGACAGCCCCAAACUCUUAGGCUAACUCUGUCACUAACCCUAUCAGUACUCCAACCUCUACCACUACUCCAGCCCCUAUCACUACUCCAACCCCUAUCACUAGCCCUAUCACUACCCCCAACCCCUAUCACUAGCCCUAUCACUACCCCCAACCCCUAUCACUAGCCCUAUCACUACCCCCAACCCCUAUCACUACCCUAACCCCCUAUCAACACCCUAACCCCUAUCACUACCCCUAACCCCUAUCACUACCACCCUAACCCCUAUCAAUACCCCUAACCCCUAUUACAACCCCUAUCACUACCCCUAACCCCUAUCACUACCUCAACCCCCUAUCAACACCCUAACCCCUAUCACUACCACCCUAACCCUUAUCACUACCCCUAACACUACCACCCUAACACUACCACCCUAACCCCUAUCACUACCUUAACCCCUGUCACCACCCCUACCCCUAUCACUACCCCUAACCCCCAUCACUACCCCUAACCCCUAUCACUACUUCAAUCCCUAUAAAUUCGCGCGUUUAUUGAUUCAUGAAGGGAAAAAGUGUAACAAGCAAUGAAUGGAUAGCAACUUGGCACCCUUUAUUUCACUAUAAGCACAAAUAAUAAAUUAUCUUUCAAGGAUUUUUUUCACAAGCGACGUUACCGACGAUGGGCUUCAUCACAGCACAUAGACAUGCUAUGAAGAAGGCCCAUUGACCGAAACGUCGCCUAUUAUACAGUCUGUUCUCCUCUAAGGCAGUAGUUGAGUUUCUGAAGACAACGGCGUUAUUGAAAAAUCCUGUCAUAAUGAGUAAAAAUAAUAAAGGAUAAAACUCAGUUUAACUGAAUAGACAAAUGUUAGAUGUGUACCCCUUUUUGAUCAUUAAUACUUCAUGAAUAUUAGACUUAUAAUUGUUCAUCGCACGUACAUUCACAUUGCUCUCUUAUACACUACGCAUAUGUUGAGCCUUCAUUCCUAUCAGCAGAGUUAUGGUCUAGGAAGGGAGGCUUUAAUUCUCAUGCCCAGAAAUAUAUAAGUAAGUGAUGCCGCACCUGAGAACUUCACGGGACAUAGGCCUUGAUUUGAAGCUUUCGUGACUACAGGAAUCCAUACUCUUUGGUUCUUUCGGUAAAGUCACCUACGUGACUUUAACGAAAGAACCAAAGAGUAGGGACAUAGGCCCUUUGUCCAAGAUAAGCUCGUUAAAAUGUUGAUCCUUGCAAAAAGUAGCCAAAACCAUACAUGGAAAUAACAUCCGGCCACCCAGUCUAAAGACUUAGGUUCUACAUCGUCCCAUGGUAUGGCUGCAUUAACGGUAAUUUAUAUGUAUGAGGUGGGGCUUGAUUUCAAGUAUAUAAAUUUCCAUUUAAUAUUGAACUCAGUCUAUGUGAAAGUCAGGGCUCCCAGGGGUUACCUCACAAAGAGGACCCACUGGUAAUUGUUUUGAUGUAUUACUGGUAGAAUGAUUGUUUCUUGAUAUAUUGGUUGGUCUGCUGCGAGGUGCACACUUUGUUUUUUUCCAGACUGGUAGAGGACCGUCUGGUUUUGCCAAUAUUUUCUGAAUACUGUUACGUUCUUAGAGAGUUUAACGUUUACGUUCUAAUGCCAGUGCUUUCCCAUAUUUUGUUAAGGCUACGGAAAUAUCAGCAUUUGCAUUUUUGCCUGUAGUCGCUAAUGUGGGUUGGUUUUGAUACAUUUGUUAAGGCGUGCAACACACAUACGUGGGCACAUAUUGUUACGUAUUGCAUAAAUGCAUAAAAUAUUAGUCUUUGGUUUGUGAGUCUGAAACAAGGCAUACCAACCAUAAUCGAGGUUUUUUUGGGUUAGAUCGCGUAAAUUUAUAAUAUUGUGUCGUUAAAACCCGCCACCACCCGACACAGCCAACUAGUA